UAUAUGGCGUGGUGCCCGAAUAUACAGUCGGGCGCUACAUAGAAUUCAGAGCCUACAAAGGCUCCCAGCUGCUUCCAAGCGGGCAGAGAUGUAGUUCACAUUUUUGGUACCGUCAAAGGAAUUCUAUUCGGUCGUACUGUGUACAGCGGUGUACAGUACAGUACAUAUAUCGGCACACAUAUAUAGGUCGUUGACGGCGUCGCAAAAUGCUACACACCCUCAUUUUGAACACCCGGUUGAAUCAGCUUGAACCAUCGCAAUCCCCAGAAUCUAUAUUGGUCAACCGUACUGGACAAGACACAGAAUGGUUCAGGCAAAUAUAGAUAACACUCUGGGAGCACUGUUCAUCGGUCUCAUCCUUUCAGCUGUGUACGUGACUUUGUCUCAAACGUGGUUUUACUUCAGCGCUCAACAGCAACGUGAACAUUCGGAUCCAUUAUGGCUCAGAGCAACAGUUGUCGUUGUGGUCAUACUUGACUUCUUGCACCAGCUUUUCACCAGCCAUUGGAUGUAUGAUUAUUGUGUCACGAAUUUUGGCAACAGUGCAGCCCUAGACGUGCUUCCUUGGAGCUACUAUGGAAUGGCAUAUCCAACGGGCGUUGUGACUGUGAUAGUACAGAGCUUCUAUGUGUGGCGAGUGUGGAAAUUGAGCAACAACGUCAUUAUUGCUGGCGCGAUCUGGUCCUUAUCGCUUGCUCAAUUCGGCGCAUUCCUUUAUUAUGUUGCUCGAGUGUUUGGUGUUCCCAAUGCAUCAGAUCUCUCAUUAGUGUUGGGUAACUAUGCGAUCCUUGUGAAUGCCAUUGGAGCUACUUGUGACAUUGUCAUUGCCUGUGCGAUGGUGUUUUAUUUACGUCAAUCACGAACUUCGAUUAAAAGGACGAAUCAUUUACUGCGUUCCAUCACAAUCUUUACUGUUACAACCGGCAUUGUCUCCAGCGUCUGCGCCAUCAUGGUUCUUUCUAUGGCCGCUGCUUAUCCCGGAACAAACAUUGAGCUUACUUUCUAUUUCAUGCUGACUCGGCUCUAUGCAAACUCCUUUUUGGCAACUCUCAACGUCCGUGAUCAUCUCAGGGAGCUCGGUCACGGCGGUAUUAUCACCACUUCUAACUUCGUACAAACUCGGACUACUGCUGCUGUCCAUCGUACCGUUUCGCACGAAAUGGAUGACUUCCCUCGUCAAAAGGGUACACAGAAUUUUGAUAGAGGUCAUAGCGAACUUGAAGACCCCGGGACCGUCAUUUCCGUGAAGGUAGAUAGAAUCACGGACGUAGAUUACAAGUCUUAAUAAGUUCUUGAGAGUCUCAAGAUCUACUAAGGACAGUUGCGCAUGUAUCUAGGUAGUUCAUUCUCGUAUCAGUGCACGACUUUCCUUCACUCCAUGAACCUACGACCUGCGAUCUGCGUUGUCAAUAUAUCCGUACAUCAGCGAAAAUAUUACAUAGUACAAAGAUAUCAUCGAAUACA